GGUAUUUAUAAAUAGGAGGGAGUAAGCAACCAUGCCGGAUACUCCAUCUUCGCCAAAGAGCGGUGGUCGGUUGGUGUUAAUGGAGAAUCUGCUCGGACUUCUCCGUAUUCGCGUCAUUCGUGGUGUCAAUCUUGCUGUUCGUGAUGUUCGCAGCAGCGAUCCUUAUGUUGUCAUCAAGAUGGGAAAGCAAAAAUUGAAGACACGGGUGAUAAAGAAGGAUGUCAAUCCUGUAUGGAAUGAAGAUCUAACACUUUCUGUCAGUGACCCGAAAAUUCCCAUUAAGCUGACUGUUUACGACCACGACAAAUUUAGCAAGGAUGAUAAAAUGGGAUAUGCUGAGUUUGAUAUCAAAUCAUUUAUAGAAGCUCAAAAGAUGAACUUGAAAAAUCUUCCUAGUGGAACGACAAUCUCACGAACGCUACCGGGCAGGCACAACUGUUUUGCUGAAGAGAGCUGCGUCAUCUGGAAAGACGGUCAAGUUAUCCAAGAUAUAUACCUUAGACUCAAAAGGGUCGAAUGCGGAGAAGUCGAAAUUCAGCUGCAGUGGAUUGAUCUUCCAAACCCCAAAGGUUAAAACAAGAUUUGGUUUAUCAGCAUCAUCCCUGUGAUUUUUACUUGAUCGUAAUAUUUCUAUCAUUCUUAUGAUUUGAAGUACCCGUCUAUAUGAAUCUUGAUU